UGUAGGUGGCACCCAAACACAGUAGCAGGGAGAUUCCCGCAGUAAGCCAAGGCGCUCCAGUGAAAUAGUCCUGCACUUUACUUGGAGAGCCUCUGCUUCUCAUUUCACCGGUUAUCAACCAGGGGAAGGCAUUCAGGGAAGACUGUAGGAGUCUCUUCGUGUGCCUCAUGGCUGCGGUACUUGGAAACAGCACCCGAACUACGGGAACUUCAGAUUGUGAGCUGAGAAGCCACUUCAGAAGGCGAAAGAGGAGGAGGUCGACAAGAAAAGAGAGAACCAGUAUGCUGUCAUCCUUCAUCAGCCCUAUGAAGAUUAGAGAUACUGGGACAACAACAUCAAAAGACGAUGGAGACACUUCAAAUAGCAGCAGCGCUGAAGUGAAGGAGAAUCGUCAUAGCACAAACCAAGUGGACUAUUCAACCAUACGACAACCUGCACAUCAUCAACCAGCUCUUUACACUGACAUCUCCAGAGAGCUCCCCAGGACUACUGCUCUAAAGAGGAAGCAGCCAUUUUUGGAAGGAAAAGACAGUCUUCUCUAUGAACUCCAGUUGAUCUGUAAGAGGACGGCCCAUUGCUUUACAUCAGAUAGCGCCACGACUCCAUCUGCACUGUCGGUUGAGGGAGGAGCAUCACGCGGGAGUGACGCAGCCUGUCGGAAGACAAUGAGGACUUCCUGGUCUGUCACAAAGAAGAACGCCCUGGUGCAGUUGAACGAGCUGAGACCAGGUCUACAGUAUGAGAUAGCAUCCUGGACAGGGCCAGUUCACGCCCCUGUGUUCGCUGUAGGAGUAGAAGUGAACGGUCUCAGGUUCGAGGGCCGAGGCCCCACCAAGAAGAAGGCUAAGAUGAGAGCAGCAGAGAUGGCUCUUAGGUCCUUCAUCCAGUUUCCCAAUGCCCCUCAGGCUCACAUCACCAUGGGAAACCUCAACUUUAUCAACACCACAGCACCAGCAGACUUCACCUCAGACCAGGCCGUUCUCAUCCCUGACACGCUCUUCAAGGAGUUUGAGCCAGAAGCAAACGAAGACCAAUUCCUUUACCACAGGACAGACGGAAAGGAGUUGCAAUUUGAGGAGCCACCAGCGCAGGGAGAUACACAACUCCUAUACCACAGCCACAGGACAGGGGGAAAGGGACAGGAGUUGCUCUCCAGCAUUUGUAACCAUGGGAGACUAGUAUGCCUGACCCUUGACCUGAUGUCCUCAGCCAAUCAGAAGAGGCAGAGGAUCGGUUCCUCCAUUGUUGAGGAGCUGAGGCCUGUGGCUCUGCUCAAUGAGUUAAGGCCAGGCCUGAGGUACGUCUGCCUGAUGGAGAGAGUGCGGGGCAGGCCGAUCAGGAGCUUUGUGAUGGCAUUGAGGGUGGAUGGAAGGAUAUUUGAGGGCUGUGGGCGCAGUAAGAGACUGGCUCAAGCCCAGGUAGCUACCUCAGCCCUACAGGACCUGUUUAACAUCAGUCUGGGGCCUGAGACUAGCAUCAGUCGUACUGCCAGCUGGGCCAAGAGCUCUCAGCUACCUCAGUGCUUUGCAGAGUCAAUCUUCCACUUGGUGAGAGAGAAACACAGUCAGCUAGACUGUUACUGCCCUGCCUCCCACAGCCGUCACAAAGUACUGGCAGGCAUCGUAAUGACCAGAGGUUUUGACGUUAGGCGAGGCCAGGUGGUGUCUCUGGGGACAGGGACCAAGUGUUUCAGUGGAGUGUGUGUCAGUGACCAGGGAUGGACGGUUAAUGACUGCCAUGCUGAGGUCAUCACAAGGAGGGCUUUCCUCCGCUUUCUCUACACCCAACUGGAGCUCUUUCUCUGUAACCGGCCAGACAGUUUGGAGCAGUCCAUCUUUGUGCGAGACAAAGAGUCUGGGUACAGACUGAGAGAUGGUAUUCUGUUCCAUAUGUAUGUGAGCUCAUCGCCCUGUGGGGACGCACGCCUCAAUUGCCCCUACGAGGUAACAGCUACACACCACAGCUGGCACAGAUUUGUAAGGAAGUUACGCUGCCAUCUGAGGAUGAAGAUGGAAGGCGGUGAGGGUACACUUCCUGUCAGCGUACGGAGAGCCAAUCAGAAAUGGGACAGGGGGUUGCCGAGGGAAGCUCCGGUCACCAUGUCCUGCACAGAUAAAAUGGCCAGGUGGAAUGUUCUAGGUCUCCAGGGCUCUCUCCUGUCUCACCUGGUGGAGCCAGUGUACCUCCACAGCCUCACUGUGGGCAGCCUGUGCCACACGGGUCACCUGGGAAGGACCAUGGCACGACGCAUGGGGCACAUCAGCCCCACGUCCUCCUCCUAUAGACACAACAGGCUACUCCUUGGCUGCCUCAGCAGCAGUGAGGGUCGGCAGCCAGGGAAGUCCCCCAGGUUCAGUGUGAACUGGAGUGCUGGAGACGGGGAGCUGGAGGUGCUGGAUACCUCUACAGGCAGGAGGAAAGGCUCAGGGACACCAUCCAGACUCUGCAAGAGAUCCCUCUUCACUCGUUGGGAGAGACUACACCAUGAGCUGAGCAGGCCAGGACAAGUGUUGGGUGACGAGAAGGCCAUAAAGACGUACUGUGGAGCUAAGAUGACAGCGGGGGCCUACCAGAGAGCCAAGCAGAAGUUUGUCCUCUCACUGCAGGAGGCAGGCCUGGGCAUCUGGAACAGGAAACCACCAGAACAGGAGCACUUCCAGAGCAGCCUGUAAGGGGUUCACACACUCACAUGCGCUCUUCCUAUCAUGGUCACUAAGACCACAGAGGUCCUAUAACAAUGUUACCAUGAUAGGGACAUCACAUGUACAGGUAACCCGCCAAAAUAAUGGAAACAUUUGAGUAAAUGAAGGAUACAAUGUAUAUUGACAGCCGAGUUAAUUAAGCCGUUAAUAUUCUAUAAUGCUUAGGGUCAUGUAUAGAAAUGCUGGAGGAGGAAAGCAUGGAUUAUCAACUAGAUUCAGCCGUGGGCGGAACAGGGGGGCGGAACAUAAUUACAGAUAAUUUCUAGGCAAAUUGACCAUAAGAAGCCCAAAACAGAUCUAUUUGACUAAAACAUAGUCAUUUCAAACCUUGCUUACAUUUUUAUACGAUCAUGUAUCUCUCUAUGAUGCGACGGAAUACUUAGAAACACAUUUCCCAAAUUAGAAUCACUUUUGACUGAUUUCCUGGUGCUUUUACAGUUUUUUUUUAUGUCCAACAAUGAAAAACCCUAGAGGUCUUCUCAGGUCCAAAAAUGUGGACAUGGACACGAACGGACAGAUCAUAAAUUAUUUAAAGGACCCGAACCUGACAACAAUCAGACAUGAGCAUAAAUGGACCCCACAACACCCAGACCUAGACCUGACCUGUACCCUAACAGUUCCUGAUCUAGACCAGACCCCUGAUUGGACCAGAGCAACUAAGUUGCUCUUCUGGUUAACAAAUAGGCCUUUAUAUGUUGGCUAGGCCUUCUGUAAGUCAAUAAACUCACAUUAUAAGUGUAAAAUAAAUAUGCUAUAGGCUAUGCAGAGCCAUUCGGGUCAACGUGGGUCUAUCAGCUGUAGUACCUAGACCCAAACCCGAUGACAAUCAAACAGGACCCAAGGGAAAAGUUAUAAUUCUGGACCGCGGUCGGGUAUCGGGUAUUUGUUUUCGGGUACACCCAUGAAGACCUGUACUAUAACCCUAUUGGAUGACAAUGCACAGGGCACGAGUGGUUACUGAAUUGUUUGAUGAGCAUGAAAACAAUGUAAACCAUAUGCCAUGGCCAUCUCAGUCACCAGAUUUCAACCCAAUUGAACAAUUAUGGGAGAUUCUGGAGCAGCACCUGAGACAGCGUUUACCACCAGCAAAUUAUGGCAUUUCUUGUGUUGGGGUUUCCUUUAUUUUGGCAGUGUGAAGUGAGUGUGUGAGGGAAUUUGGCUAGCUAAAGUUCCCUGGAUUGCUUCUGUGCACUAUUUGCUUAUCUAUAAUGAAUUUGUAGUCCUGCUUUCAUUCCGCCUCCUCUGUGCAAUCAUAUAACAAUAGUAGCCCAAAGAUGAUCCCAUUUCCCCUUUAGUAAUCAGUCAUCCACACCUGUUGAGUUACUCACUUGAGCUCCCCUUAUUUUUGGUGUCUCCUUGCAAUGCAAACGACAUUUCCUUUCAACCAUUCUGUCAUGUAUUGUCAUGUUCAUUUUUUACAUGGAAUGUUAUUAAAUAGUUUU